UCAUCGGCUGCAUAAGCAGCGAGAUCAAAAGUGAGCCUUUUCUGAUUGCUGCAUAGUGUCAAUUGGCCAAUCUCUUCUCCCAGGGAAAAAAAAAAGUAAAUCAAACCUUUGAGAAGCAUUUGCUGGUUGAAGUGCUUUCUGUCUAGUGAGGGGGUCUGUGGAUUUUAGCUUAUGAUAAAUAGGACUUUAAGAACCAGGGACGGGAGGGUGAGCAUCCAGGUUCUAGAGCUAUGCAGCUGGAGCACUGCCUUUCUCCUUCGAUCAUGCUCUCCAAGAAAUUCCUCAAUGUGAGCAGCAGCUACCCACAUUCAGGCGGCUCUGAGCUUGUCUUGCACGAUCAUCCCAUUAUCUCGACCACUGACAACCUGGAGAGAAGUUCACCUUUGAAAAAAAUUUCCAGGGGGAUGACGAACCAGUCAGAUACAGACAAUUUCCCUGACUCCAAGGACUCACCAGGGGACGUCCAGAGAAGUAAACUCUCUCCUGUCUUGGACGGGGUCUCUGAGCUUCGUCACAGUUUCGAUGGCUCUGCAGCAGAUCGUUACCUCCUCUCUCAGUCCAGCCAGCCACAGUCUGCGGCCACUGCUCCCAGUGCCAUGUUCCCGUACCCCAGCCAGCACGGACCGGCGCACCCCGCCUUCUCCAUCGGCAGCCCCAGUCGCUACAUGGCCCACCACCCGGUCAUCACCAACGGAGCUUACAACAGCCUCCUGUCCAACACCUCACCGCAGGGCUACCCCACGGCCGGCUACCCCUACCCACAGCAAUACGGCCACUCCUACCAAGGAGCCCCGUUCUACCAGUUCUCCUCCACCCAGCCGGGAUUGGUGCCCGGCAAAGCGCAGGUGUACCUGUGCAACAGGCCACUUUGGCUGAAAUUUCACCGGCACCAAACGGAGAUGAUCAUCACCAAACAGGGAAGGCGCAUGUUUCCUUUUUUAAGUUUUAACAUUUCUGGUCUCGAUCCCACGGCUCAUUACAAUAUUUUUGUGGAUGUGAUUUUGGCGGAUCCCAAUCACUGGAGGUUUCAAGGAGGCAAAUGGGUUCCUUGUGGCAAAGCGGACACCAAUGUGCAAGGAAAUCGGGUUUAUAUGCAUCCGGAUUCCCCCAACACUGGGGCUCACUGGAUGCGCCAAGAAAUCUCUUUUGGAAAAUUAAAACUUACGAACAACAAGGGAGCCUCAAAUAACAAUGGGCAGAUGGUGGUUUUGCAGUCCCUGCACAAGUACCAGCCCCGCCUGCAUGUGGUGGAAGUGAACGAGGACGGCACGGAGGACACCAGCCAGCCGGGCCGCGUGCAGACAUUCACUUUCCCGGAGACUCAAUUCAUCGCUGUCACAGCCUACCAGAACACCGAUAUUACACAACUGAAAAUAGAUCACAAUCCCUUCGCAAAAGGAUUCCGAGAUAAUUAUGAUACGAUCUACACGGGCUGCGACAUGGACCGCCUGACCCCUUCGCCCAACGACUCCCCUCGCUCGCAGAUCGUGCCCGGCGCCCGCUACGCCAUGGCGGGCUCUUUCCUGCAGGACCAGUUCGUGAGCAACUACGCCAAGGCCCGCUUCCAUCCCGGGGCAGGCGCGGGCCCGGGGCCGGGCACGGACCGCAGCGUGCCUCACACCAACGGGCUGCUGUCUCCUCAGCAGGCCGAGGAGCCGGGCGCGCCGUCGCCACAGCGCUGGUUCGUGACUCCCGCCAACAACCGGCUGGACUUCGCGGCGUCGGCCUACGACACGGCCACGGACUUCGCGGGUAACGCGGCCACGCUGCUCUCGUACGCGGCGGCGGGCGUGAAGGCGCUGCCGCUGCAGGCCGCCGCCGGCUGCACGGGCCGCCCGCUCGGCUACUACGCCGCCGACCCGUCGGGCUGGGGCGCGCGCAGCCCUCCGCAGUACUGCGGCAAGUCGGGCUCCGUGCUGCCCUGCUGGCCCAACAGCGCCGCGGCCGCCGCGCGCAUGGCCGGCGCCAACCCCUACCUGGGCGACGACGCCGACGGCCUGGCUGCAGAGCGCUCCCCGCUGGCUCCCGGCGCGGGCGCGGCCGACGACGCCAAGCCCAAGGACCUGUCCGAUUCCAGCUGGAUCGAGACGCCGUCGUCUAUCAAGUCCAUCGACUCGAGCGACUCGGGGAUUUACGAGCAGGCCAAACGCAGGCGGAUCUCGCCCGCCGACACGCCCGUGUCCGAGAGCUCUUCCCCGCUCAAGAGCGAGGUGCUGGCCCAGCGGGACUGCGAGAAGAACUGCGCCAAGGACAUAGGCGGCUACUACGGCUUCUACUCGCACAGCUAGGCCGCAGGGGCCAGGUCCCAGCCCCACGCGCCCCUGCAGGCCGCCCCAGCUCCUCCGCCCCGUUCCUCCUCUUCCUCCUCCCCAGGCCCACGAUCCUGUCCUCGGCCCUCGGUGACCCGUCUGCGCGCAAUCAGUGCAGGCCUCCCUCCAAGAGUUUAAACUUGGCUUUCUCUCUCCCCUUCACCUCUUGCACAGCCACGUCUGCAAGUUAGCGCACCGACCUUCAAGCUUUGCUGUUAACCUUCUGGUUUUUCCAAUUUUUCCUGCCUGUGAAGUUAUCCUCUUCACAGUCCUCCUCCCACCCCUCGUCUUUGUUUUUCUUCUCACCCGCUACCUCCUCCCCUCCCCCCCAGUGAAACUUCACCUUUAGGAGACCUGGGCAGUCCUGUCAGGCAGCAGAUUCCCGACCCGCCUUGUUUUUGCCUCCCCAUUAACCAUAGGAUGUUGACUCUAGAACCUGGACCCACCCAGCGCGUCCUUUCUUAUCCCCGAGUGGAUGGAUGGAUGGAUGGUAGGGAUGUUAAUAAUUUUAGUGGAACAAAGCCUGUGAAAUGAUUGUAUAUAGUGUUAAUUCAUUGUAACGAAUGGCUAGUUUUUAUUCUCAUUGUCAAGGCACAAAACCAGUUCAUGCUUAACCUUUUUAUUACUUUCUUUUCCUUCCUUUGCUUUUCUUUAUCUCCUCUCAUUCUUUCUCUCUUCUUUUUAUUUUCUUGUGAGAUAUUAAAUAUUCUAGGAGGCUCUGGAAACUUGAAACACUCCACAGUGAUGGCUUUCUCACUUCUCAAGUCAGUGUAUGAUAUAAUUACUAUUGUGCCUAGUGCACACAAAAUAGCUAAGGAGAAUCCACCGGAACACCUGUAAAAGAUAGGUGUCUGUUCAUACGCAACUCGAUUAAGUGGCAUGAUACCUGCCAAGCAGAGAUAACUGGAGUAUGUUUUCCUCCCUUACUUCUAAAUAGAAUAGCUCGACAUCAGCAAUAUUAUUUUGCCUUAUUUGUUUUUCCCCAAAGUGCCAAAUCCAUUACUGGUCUGUGCAGGUGCCAAAUAUGCUGACGAACUGUUUCUGAGUAUCUUUUCAGCCCCUCCACCUUUAUAUGCUGUAAAUCUUUGUAAUGAAUAUCCACUAAUGAUAUAGAUGACUGAAUUGUUGGUAACUAUAGUGUAGUCUAGUGAAGAUGAAUUGUGUGAGUUGUAUAUUUUACUGCGUUUUAGUUUUGACAAUGAUCUCCCCCACUACAUAGAAACAGCUGAAAUUUGACUUUCUUGGGAAGACACUAGCAUUAUUGCAAGUAAGGCUGAUUCUUCCGGACCCAAGUCUUGUUAUAUUUGAUAAGGAGCAUUAAUCCCCCCCGGAAAUAGAUUAGUAGGAUUUCUAAUGUUGUGUAGCAAACUUAUACUUUUUUUUGUACUUUAAUGUGAAAUAUGCAUCAUACACAAUAUUCAACCUAGAUUCCAGUCCAUAGGGGGGAUUUUUUUUUUCCCAAUAGGAAUUCAGGGUCUAAACGUGUGUAUACUUUGGCUCUUCUGUAAAUCAAAUGUUGUGAUUUUUAUAUUUGUUUCGUUUUGUCUGUGAAUUGAAUAAUUUAUACAAGUACACACUCCAUUGAGAAACGUUUUCUUCUUUUCUUUUUCUUUUCUUUUUGCUCGUUUGUAUCGUCUGUGUAUAACAAGUAAAAUAAACCUGCUACAAUGCUAA